AUGGAGUCGACCCCUUUACCUCUGGAGGACGAGGAGGGCCGGCCUCCGCAGGGCUCCUCCACCGGCAGUGGCUCCUCAUCAGGAACAGGAUAUUAUGGACACAAAAACGGUGAAUGGCGGGGCGAGCGAAGAAUGUUGGAUAUCACUCGUGACAAGCCAGUAAAAGUUUGCGUACGAGUCGUUGUGCCAGUACGCGACCAUCCUAAGUUCAACUUCGUUGGAAAGCUCCUGGGACCAAAGGGGAAUUCCUUGAAGCGUCUACAGGAAGACACUAUGUGCAAGAUGGCGGUACUAGGACGAGGGUCAAUGAAAGACCGACAGAAGGAGGAGGAACUACGAGUCUCUGGAGACCCAAAGUUCGCUCACCUGUCGGACGAGCUACAUGUCGAGAUAAGCGCUUUUGCGACACCAGCUGAAGCUCACGCACGAAUCGCGUACGCGCUUGCUGAACUCAGAAGGUUUCUAGUACCGGACUACAACGAUGAUAUACGGCAGGAGCAGAUGUUGGAAAUGCAGAUAUUAUCGUCACAGACAGAACAGAGGAGGCCUACGCCACCAGAGUGCUCCAGGAGUGGAAGCGAAGAAACAUUGCCGUUGAGAGACACGACCAAACACAGGCUCCCGACGGUGCCUGCUGCAGCACAGACUCUGCCGACGGGCAUCCCGGUGAGCCACGGCGCGAGUGUACGAGACUUCUCGCCACCAGCACCCACUGCUGCUCCUGAACACCUGACUGCACACCAUCAGCUGGCUGGUCACACUGGUCACAGCGUCCUCGUCGGAGGGGGAGUACUCCAGCAACCCCCCACACACCAUCUCCUUGCUCAAAACUCCAUUUUAGGUGCGGCUGGGGCGGCUACGAGCGCAGCACGCAAGCGGCCGCUGCUGGGAGGCGCGCGAGCCGCCAUGUCGCCGACUAAACGCGCGGUGAUGACCCUGCUCGCCCGCGCCAGGGCUGCCACACACAAGCACGCGCCCGCCUGGCCCGCGCCUCAUGAACACACCGCCUUACUGCCUUUAAUACGCGAUGACUUCGUCGCAGGUGUCGGUGUUAACAUCAACCUAGCAUAA